CUCUUCUGUACAGAUGUGGAUCAAACUGAUCUAAAGCCACCAACCCACCUCCGCAUGUCGCUGUGAAAUAUUUAUCGCUUUCCUCUUUGUCUUUUGUCCUCUAUGCCAACAGCUGCCUCUUUAUAAUAGAUCUUCCCUCCUGCUUUAUACACAUAAACACAGUGUCAUGUCAACACAGAGACACAUUCACCACCUGUGGCAGCUCUGCAAACGACAGACAGAAACACAGCAGACCUGCUCGCAUUAACACAGCUCCAGAAUGCAUCUGCUGUUGGUUCUUCCCUUUGUUCUUGAAGUCCAGUCAAGGUCCACCAGCCACAACUUUACAUCCGAUUGCCUCUAUCAUGUGGAGCUCAAAGCCGCCAACUGCACCAGCAGCAAUUUCACGCACCUGCCCGUCUCCGUUCCACCCUCUACCGAACAACUUGACUUGUCCUUCAACCACCUAAGUGCCAUCCGACCCCGAGCUUUCCAGACCACACGAAGACUUCGCGUCCUUCUUCUGAACGGCAACACCAUUAGCGCACUGGCCGAUGGGGCCUUCUUCUUCCUAGAAGAUCUGCAGAGACUGGACCUGAGCAGAAACCGAAUCUCAUCGCUGAGCGGAGGUUUCUCGUUGGGACUCGGGUCCCUUCGUGAGCUGUCGCUGGCCGAAAACAAGUUAAGCGUUAUGGAAAGCGAUUGCUUCGUCCACUUGGACUCAUUACAAAAACUCAACCUGAGCCAUAACGCCAUCAAAACCAUCAAGAUGAGAGCGUUCGGCUCCACGAGUACCCUACGCCAGAUACAACUGGACUGGAACAACAUCACGGUUCUCAACAACGGGAUCUUCUCCAUGCUUCGCAACCUCGAAGUUUUAAAUUUACGACACAACCAGAUCCACGCGCUGGACGUUGGGGUUCUUUCACCCUUGACCAGUCUUGCCUUACUGGAUCUCACCAACAAUAACCUCUCGUCCAUUCAGUUCAAGACCUUCUUGAGUCUCAAUACGUACAGCACCCACAUAAUGCUUCAAGGAAACCCGUGGAAGUGCGACUGUGAUCUUCAGAGAGUGUUUCGAAAGCUUUGUAACGUCAAGAGGUUGUUCCUAGACGACUACGACAGCCUCAACUGCUCCAAUUUGGAUGAGAUACACGGUUACUCCAUGGGUUUCGAUACUGAGCUGUGUGUCGCUGAAAUGGUGACCGUCCUUGUCAUCACCAUCACCGUGUUUAUCACGGUUGUGGCGGCCAUCGUGAUGGCCGAGAAAAAGAGGAAGAAAAAGAUCAAGGAAAAACAUUGGACAGAGGUUAGAGAGGCCUCCAAGGCUGAUCGAUCGUAUUACUAAAUUAAUAUGACUGUCACAUACAAUGAAGUGACGAACAUUGGUGUUUGUGAAAUUUAUGAAAGAAAACAUGCACUAUACAUUUGAUGAUGUUUCCAUUUAUUAAUUGAUUUGUUUGUAUUUUCUAUAUGUAUAACUGUACUGAUUGAUUGGUUAUGAGAUUUUAAAUCGUAACCUUUCAUGUUAUUUGUGUUUGCCUUACCGAGGAACAUCCCUGAAUUGAUCUCAUAGUUAAUUUUAAUUUUAACAUGUGGGUGAUUCUCACGAAAUCCAGAUUUAGAAGGUGCCCAGCAUCAGAUUUUUUUUAAAAAAAACCUUGAAGCCAUUUAUUUAUUUAUUUUUGCACAUAGGCCUAUAAGAUUAAGGUCUGAACUUACUAUAACAAUUAUUUUGAGAGGAUUUAAAAAAUAUUUCCUAUAGAAUUAUUACAUUUUUUAGAUUAUCAUUAUAAAAAAUUAUCAUUACCGCAACAUGAUAUUACAUUAAAUAUAUGCAUGUACAAACUCAUGUUUCGGUAAUGAGAACUAAAAAGUUGUCUAGGUACUAUAACAAACAAAAUUUCAACUUUUAUCUGGAGAGAAAAAAUAAGAACUGCUUACCUGGUAGCCAUCUUGAGUGUCACAGUCAAUUAUGUCCCUUCCAACUAUUUUUUUUUAAAUGUUAGUUCAUUGAGGGCUUAAACAAUGAUUGAAAAUUGUUGCGGAGGAUGAGAAAAUUGGUCUUGGACACAUUUAUAUUCCUUAUUAUUGCCUCUAAAUUUACCAAUGAUUACCAAAUACCACAUGUUUCUUUACUGUAAAGGUUUAUAGUAUAACAUGCACUGAAGCUUUUUAUUUUUUAGGUUUUUUAAUUAUAAAUAUUUCCAUGUCAAAGAACCCAAAUCCAGUCAUGGACACGUUGCGGUAAUGAAAAUGUUCCCCUUAAAUGUGGAAAAAACAACAAAAUUAGUUUGUAUGAUGUCAUUUGAAAUCAUGUGCAAAAUAGUACAUAAAGAGAUGUUUGUAUCUGUAUGCUUCUUAUUUUUAUACUCUUACUUUGCAUUUACUUUUUUAUCGAAAUGUUUCACCUCAUAAGUAAUUUCACGAGAAUCACCCAUCUACCCAACUGUGCUGGUGCAGGUACAACACAGUCCGGCAGGUGGCAGCAGCUGUAUAGACUUCCUGUAAAUAAAGUUUCCUAAUUUAUUUGCAUAUUACAUUGCAUGUCUAGUUUACGUAAUAAAUUUA